AUGAAUGGACAGCAGCGCGACGACUGCGCAGGACACGACUUCCAGAACAGCAGGAUGUCGGCGAACGGAUCACAACCCGCCGCGGGCCCUCGUAGGCGCAAUGAUGAUUCGUGGGUUGAGGUCUCGUCGCAGCCUUCUUCGUCGUCCCUUUCUUCCAUCGGCGACGAGAUCGUCACCACCGGUCUCCGAGUCGGCGGGUCCAUGGCCGCCCGCCGACGUCGCUUACAUCACCCAAAUCAACCUGUGCCACGAUCAUUCCAUGUCGACCAGACGGCUAUCCAAGCCGGUGCAAGUAGCCAGGAGGAAUAUGAAGAGAGUGAAAGCGAGGAGGACCGAUGUCUGACGAGCUCGACCGAGAACAUUCGGCCUCCAGUGCGGGCGUCGUUCCAACAGCAGCCGUCGGCGCAGGCGGAGUCGGAAGACUCAGACGACAGCGACGAGAUUGCUACCGCUCUAGGACGCGUUCCUGAUGAUCCUGUUUUCAGACCUCAGCCAAACGCGUUCUCUCAUCCGCCCUCGGGCUUGGAUAGGAGGCACUCCGCCAGCUCGGCGAUCCACCAGCAUCCACACAGCGGUGUAAGGCCCGCACUAUCCCAACGCUCUCAAACUAGAGUCAGCCGGGGCCCGCCGAACUUCAUGUCCCCCGCAUAUCAAGCCGACAAUGACGCUGCUCUUCGUGCUUCCCUCACGACUCUGCUAUCCUGCGCCGCUGCCGCUCGUGGUCUGCCAAAGUAUAAGGAUACUGAGCGACAAGGCGCUCCACCUGCGCAUGUCGGAGUCGGACCUAGCUCCCAACCUGUUGAAUUACGGCUGAUGCCUGAAUCUGAGCUCAUGGCUGAAAGACCUACCCAACCUCAGACCGCCUCACCUUCCAAGUCUCCCGCUACCCGUUCGUCACGGACGGCGACGUCUUCUGCCCCUUCAUCGCCCAAAAGCGACAGUGUCGACAAGCAUAAACGAACCUCUUCUUCACAGACACGCUCGUCUAGAGCGACGAAAAAGAAGAAGGUCGCGGCCAGUGACGAGGCCCUCAUCAGCCCGACGUUGCUGACAUGGGUCGUCAGCGCUGGCGUGGUGGUGUUGGUAUCUGUGGUAGGAUUUGGCGCGGGCUAUGUGAUCGGCCGUGAAGUAGGACGCCAAGAAGCUCUUUCAGCAGGAGUAGGCGUCAACGCCUCGGCAGUGGCAGACUCAUCCUCGUGCGGACGGGAAGUCAUUCGAUCGUCCAGCGGUGGCCUUCGCCGCCUCAGGUGGGGUGCGGGGGUUGGUCGAAGCGUUGUCGCUUGA